GAAGUUCUGACUCGUUCCAGGAAGCUGUUCUGCUGCCUCAGAGUCUGUUUUGUUCAAGUCUUCUUCUGUUCUCUAUCUUGUUUAAAGAAACCCUCCAUGUGUGUGAGCUGAUGUGAACUGAGCAGCAUGGAUCAGUGUGAGGACAGAGAGGACAGAGUCCCUCCCUCUAAAACCACUCUGUGUGGAGAACAUGAGGACCAGAGCAAAGUUCAGAGGAAACGAUCAGAACCAGAACCUGGACCUGAACCCAGCUGUGUGUCCUUAAAGAGGAACAAGUCAAGGGAUGAACUUAUUUUAUUUAAAUCAGAUCAACGUUCAACUGCAAACUGGAUCCAACAGACCCUCAAACCAGAACCAGAACCCAGCUGUGUGUCCUUAAAGAGCGAUGAUUCAAAGGAUCUUGGUUUUAAUUUUAAAUCAGAUCAACGUUCAGCUGCAAAGAGAGUGGACCAGCAGAACUCAGAGGUUCCCAGUGGUCCGUCUGCCCAGCAGCAUCAAACACAGCUGGACUCCAUAUUUAUGCUGCUGGAGGACAACAUUGUUACUUUUGUGAAGAACGAGCUGAAGAAGAUCCAGAAGGUUCUGAGUCCAGAUGACCCAGAAGGCUUAGAGAGUCAGUGGGAGGAUGAGGAGGUGUUGGAAGGUGAGGAUGAAGAGCAGAGGAGGAGCAACAGAGAGGCUUUUGUGAAGAUCACACUGAACUUCCUGAAGAAGAUGAAGCAGGAGGAGCUGGCUGAACGUCUGCAGAGCAAACAUGUUGCUUCAGUUUGUCAACAUAACCUUAAAUCUGGUCUGAAGAAGAGGUUCCAGUGUGUGUUUGAGGGGAUUGCUAAAGCAGGAAGUCCAACCCUUCUGAACCAGAUCUACACAGAGCUCUACAUCACAGAGGGAGGGACUGGAGAGGUCAAUGAUGAACAUGAGGUCAGACAGAUUGAAACAGCAUCCAGGAAACCACACAGACCAGAAACAACCAUCAGACAAGAAGACAUCUUUAAAGUCCCACCUGGAAGAGAUCAACCAAUCAGAACAGUGAUGACAAAGGGAGUGGCAGGCAUUGGGAAAACAGUCUUAACCCAGAAGUUCACUCUGGACUGGGCUGAAGACAAAGCCCACCAGAACAUCCAGUUCAUAUUUCCAUUCACCUUCAGAGAGCUGAAUGUGCUGAAAGAGAAAAAGUUCAGCUUGGUGGACCUUGUUCAUCACUUCUUUACUGAAACCAAAGAAAUCUGUAGCUUUGAACACUUCCAGGUUCUGUUCAUCUUUGAUGGUCUGGAUGAGAGUCGACUUCCUCUGGACUUCCACAACAAGGAGAUCCUGACUGAUGUUACAGAAUCCACCUCAGUGGAUGUUCUGCUGACAAACCUCAUCAGGGGGAAACUGCUUCCCUCUGCUCUCCUCUGGAUAACCACACGACCUGCAGCAGCCAAUCAGAUCCCUCCUGAGUGUGUUGGCAUGGUGACAGAGGUCAGAGGGUUCACUGACCCACAGAAGGAGGAGUACUUCAGGAAGAGAUUCAGAGAUGAGGAGCAGGCCAGCAGGAUCAUCUCCCACAUGAAGACAUCAAGAAGCCUCCACAUCAUGUGCCACAUCCCAGUCUUCUGCUGGAUCACUGCUACGGUUCUGGAGGAUGUGUUGAAGACCAGAGAGGGAGGAGAGUUGCCCAACACCCUGACUGAGAUGUUCAUCCACUUCCUGGUGGUUCAGACCAAACUGAAGAAGGUCAAGCAUGAUGGAGGAUCUGAGACAGAUCCACACUGGAGUCCAGAGAGCAGGAAGAUGAUUGAGUCUCUGGGAAAACUGGCUUUUGAUCAGCUGCAGAAAGGAAACCUGAUCUUCUAUGAAUCAGACCUGACAGAGUGUGGCAUCGAUAUCAGAGCAGCCUCAGUGUACUCAGGAGUGUUCACACAGAUCUUUAGAGAGGAGAGAGGGCUGUACCAGGACAAGGUGUUCUGCUUCGUCCAUCUGAGUGUUCAGGAGUUUCUGGCUGCUCUUCAUGUCCAUCAGACCUUCUUCAACUAUGUAAUUAACCUAAAGGAAGAACAUGCAAACAUUUCUUCUUGGUUGAAAUUAUUAUACGAGCCAAAUCUAACAAGUCUCCAUCAGAGAGCUGUGGACGAGGCCUUAGAGAGUCCAAAUGGACACCUGGACUUGUUCCUCCGCUUCCUCCUGGGUCUUUCAGUGGAGACCAAUCAGACUCUCCUGCAAGGUCUGCUGACAAAGACAGGAAGUAGCUCACAGACCAAUGAGGGAACAGUUCAUUACAUCAAGAAGAAGAUCAAUGAGAACCUGUCUGCAGAGAAAAGCAUCAACCUGUUCCACUGUCUGAAUGAACUGAAUGAUCGUUCUCUGGUCCAGGAGAUCCAACAGUCUCUGAGUUCAGGAAGUCUCUCCACAGAUAAACUGUCUCCUGCUCAGUGGUCAGCUCUGGUCUUCAUCUUACUGUCAUCAGGAGAAGAUCUGGAUGUGUUUGACCUGGAGAAAUACUCUGCUUCAGAGGAGGCUCUUCGCAGGCUGCUGCCAGUGGUCAAAGCUUCAAACAAAAUUCUAUUGAAGAACUGUAACCUCUCAGAGAGAAGCUGUGAAGUUCUGGCCUCAGUUCUCAGCUCCCAGUCCUCUAAUAUGAGAGAGAUGGACCUGAGUAACAACAAGCUGCAGGAUUCUGGAGUGGAGCUGCUGUCUUCUGGACUGAAGAGUCCAAACUGCAACCUGGAAACUCUCAGAUUGAAGAACUGUAACCUCUCAGAGAGAAGCUGUGAAGUUCUGGCCUCAGUUCUCAGCUCCCAGUCCUCUAAUCUGAGAGAGAUGGACCUGAGUAACAACAAGCUGCAGGAUUCUGGAGUGGAGCUGCUGUCUUCUGGACUGAAGAGUCCAAACUGCAAACUGGAAACUCUCAGACUUAGAUCCUGUAACCUCUCAGGAAGAACUUGUGAAGUUCUGUCAUCAGUUCUUAGAUCCCAGCCCUGUUGUCUGAGAGAGGUUGACCUGCAGAACAACAACCUACAAGAUUCAGAGGAGAAGUUGCCGUCUGGUUCAGACUGUACACUGGAAAUAUUCAGGAAGCCUGAUGGAGUCCGAUGGUUGAAACCAGGUCUGAGGAAGUAUUCCUGUCAGCUCACAAUCGACACAAACACAGUGAACAGAAACCUCCAACUGUCUGAAGACAACAGGAAGGUGACAAGUGUGAAGGAGCUUCGGUCAUAUCCGGAUCAUCCAGACAGAUUUGAUGACUGGCCUCAGCUGCUGUGUAGUGAUGGUCUGACUGGUCGCUGUUACUGGGAGGUUGAGUGGAGAGGAGAUGUUUAUAUAUCAGUGAGUUACAGAAGAAUCAGGAGGAAAGGAGGCAGUUAUGACUGUUUGUUUGGAUGGAAUGAUCAGUCCUGGAGUCUGAGAUGCUUUGAUGGUGGUUUCUAUGUCUGUCACAAUAACAAGGGAAUCUCCAUCUCCUCCUCCUCUUCCUCCUCCUCCUCCUCCUCCAUCUCUAACAGAGUAGCAGUGUAUGUGGACUGUCCUGCUGGCAUUCUGUCCUUCUACAGAGUCUCCUCUGACUCACUGAUCCACCUCCACACCUUCAACACCACAUUCACUGAACCUCUUUAUCCUGGAUUCUGGUUCUGGUUCAGUUCUGGUUCCUCAGUGUUUCUGUGUUGAGAAACACUCUCACUGUUGAACAGAUAGUUCAGUCUCUACAUGUCUGUCUCUUUCACUCAGAAACAUUUUCACAUUCAGUCGGUUUCUUUCUGAAACUCUUGGAAAAGAUUCCUUGUAAACUUCGUCCUCUUCCAGUCCUUUAAAG